GUCGUCUUCUCACGGUCGUCAACAUCCUCGCAGACACAGGAGCGAAAAUGUUUGUCCACCUUGUCCUGGCAAGACGAUCGCGUUUAUGUCAAUAUAACGGCUGACCUUUUUGUUAACCGGGUAAUACUGAGCUAAAGCCAUGAAGCUCACACGCAAGUUAGUGCUUGCCAAGGCUAAAGCCUCUGACUUGGAGAGCGUGAGGAAGCUAAACUGCUGGGGAUGCAACUUGACUGAUAUUUCCAUCUUUUCUGAAAUACCAAAUGUUGAAGUUCUGACUUUAAGUGAUAACAAGAUCACAUCUCUGUCCCCAUUCUCUGGCUGUCUGUCACUGACUGAGCUUUACCUGAGAAGAAACAUGAUCCAGUCCCUGUCUGAGCUCACUCAUCUACGGCCACUGACUCACCUCAGAGUCCUAUGGUUGGCUGAGAACCCAUGUUGUGGUGAGAACACGAGCCAGUAUCGCCUCACUGUCCUGCGCUGCUUACCUGGCCUACACAAACUGGACGACCAAGUGGUGACAGAAGAUGAAGUUGCGUUUGCACUCACCGAAGGGGAAGAGAUUCUUACCCCGCCUGGUAUUGUUACCAACCAGCCGGCAAAGAACGGACAUCAGGAUGCCGACACGGAAACUGACCCUCUUAACUACAACAUGGAGGAGACAAAUAAAAUCAGACAAGAGUUGGGGAUGAAGCCCUUGUCCAGAGACAAGUUCCCGUCCGUGUCAUCACCUUUGACAAGAACAUCCAUUAGAAAGAAUCACACUUUGGAUGCCAUUCUUCUCCUGCUGAAGGAUUUGGAUGAGGAGGAGCUUCGCAUUGUAAAUACAGCCACACACAACCUGUUGCAGACUUACACACUGGGGACUGACACGAUGAGAGCAUCACAACAGUCACUGACAAACUGCUGACGGUUCAUUUGACUCUUUCAAAUUUUACUUGAUAUGAGCCUAAACAAAUCUGCUGAGACAUGACAGUCCACAUGUAUAUCUGCCUUGCAAUACUUCUGAAUGUAAGCUUUUGUUUGUGUAUUUGUGUUAAUAAUAAAGACAGAAAAAUGUGAUUUCCUUUUUGGUACACU